CAUAGACAAAUCAACGCGGCCAACUUUGGAAUCAUUCGUAGAGGAUUCGCCUAUAUAACACACCAACGUUGUGUUGCCACAAGAAUGGAACAGCUUAGGAUAUCCCUAAUCGACCACACGAUGGCUUCAUCAUCUCCAUCUUCGACCGUGAUCCAGAUGCCUCCAACUCCACGCACCAACGGCAGCCAGCCGACGGCUCCGACCACGCCCAAGGACGUCGAUGAUGUCCCGACCACGGAGCCUGCACCAGCUGCCGGACCAGCAGCCACGGCAACCGACAAGGUCAUGUCGAGCGCGGCGAACCUUGCGCAGCUCCUGCCGACGGGCACCGUGCUGGCGUACCAGGCGCUGUCCCCGUCCUUCACCAACCACGGCAAGUGCUUCUCCUCCAACCAGUGGCUCACCGCGGCGCUUGUCAUCGUCCUCACCAUCUCGUGCGUCCUCUUCUCCUUCACCGACAGCCUUCUCGGCCGCGACCAGAAGCUCUACUAUGGCAUCGCCACGCCGCGCGGUUUCAACGUAUUCAACUUCUCAGACGAAGAGGAGAAGCUGCAGUGGACUCCCGCUGAGUUCCGGAAGCUCCGCAUCCGGCCGCUGGACUUCGUGCGCGCCGUCUUCACGGCCCUGGUGUUCCUCACCGUGGCUUUCAGCGACGUGGGGCUGCAGAAUUGCUUCUUCCCUGGCGCUGGCAGGAACACCGAGGAGCUGCUGAAGAACCUGCCACUGGGCAUCGCGUUUCUGUCCAGUUUUGUGUUCAUGAUAUUCCCCACAAAGAGGAAAGGCAUCGGCUACAGCGACACCACUCCUCGCGAAAAGCUCACUUGAUGUUAAUAUCAGUUGUUUCUGAACAGUUAGAUGGAUUUUAGAUUAUAACGUAAUCACGCUAUGUAGUAUUAUACCAUGAGGAUAGAGUCGGAACAUUGUUUAUGAACAGUUAGAUAAAUUUUAGAUUGUAAUGUUUAGAUCACUUUUUUUAACAGUUAAUCAUGGUA